CAAAAAAUGGAUAACAUAGUAAUAGAAAGCAAUUCAUCAGAGUCAUUCAAACCGUUCAAUUUCCUAAAUGAUUUCUUAAUCUCUUGCAAAAGAUUGAACAGCAAUAAUGAUGCAUCUCGCCCCGGAAUUAAAAAAGACAAUCUGGAUUAUUUGAAAGAAAUUAUUUCAAAAUUUGGUGGUUGACCAGUUGUAGAAGGCGAUAAAUGGAACAAAACGAAUGACAACUGGACCAAUUUUAUGGAUGAAGCAAAGAACACUGAUUUUAUUAAUUAUCAUUUUUAUGGGUUACGUAGUCGAUCAUUAAUGAACUAUACAAUAGUAUUUGUAAGUAUCAAUCGCGACUGAACACAAGGGAAACGUAAGGUCUUGUUUUCAUUUUGCCAUUCUAUUUAACAGAUUCAACCUAUGGACUCUGAGUUCUUAGAGGACAGUACGCCAGAUAAGCUCAUGGAAAUGAUGGUUGCUUACCAAAAUUUUAUGGUCGAUACUGCAAAUCUUUUGGGGGCGAAUAAAACACAAGCUGAGCAAGAUUUGACACCAUUGCUGUCCUUUGAAAUACAACUUACAUACGUAAGCAUGCAAAAUAUUGCGUCAGUAUCAAUUGAUAAAAAUAAUUCAAUUGAAUUGUCAGUAAAGGAAGUAAUAGAAAAGUGGCCAAGCAUUGAUUGGACUAAAUUCUUCAAUGCACAAUCCAAUUUGCCUUUCGACAUUACUAAUGAAACAACAAUAAUUAUAGUAAAUACUUUUGACGUAACAAGUUUGGAGGAACUUGUGAACAAUACUCCCGCAAGAGUGCGAGCCAAUUAUGCGAUGUGGAAGACGAUUCAGAAAUUGAUUCCGAUGGUCGAGUCAGCGUCUCUAUCUCGAUUAAUGCAGAUUUAUAAUAAAAUUAAGGACCCAUCAUAUGUUCAUAAGCCAGUUAAAUGUUAUGAUGAACUUGAAAAGAAUUUUCCAGAACUCAUGAUCGCUUUUUAUGGGCGAAAAUACCCAAUUAACAGACUUGCUAAAAUUCACAUUCAUCAGUUUAUUUCAUACAUAGAACAACAAUUCUUCGAUACUCUGAAUAGCACAAAGUGGUUAGAUAUGAAAACAAGAGAUGAACUAUUCAAGAGACUAAAAUCUGUAAAGAUUAUUACUGGCUACCCUGACGAAAUUAUGGAUGAUAGGAAAUUAAAAGAAUACUUCCAAGGACUCAAUAUAACUAAAGAUGAUUUUCUGAAAAAUGUAGUAAAUCAAAAAAUAUUUAAUGAAAAAAAACUUUUUACUUUAAAUCAUAAAUCACAAAACUCAAGUGGGUUUAUGGAUAAUUUUUUCAAGUUUACUUUAUUUACAGUUGAUGCUUUUUUUAAUAAUAAUACGAAAUCAAUAGUUCUAGGUGUCGAAUCGAUCAGGAACUUGUUCUUCAGUAUCCAUCGUCUUUAUUAUUUAAAUAUUGCCUUGCUCGGAGACAAACUUGCUCACGAAAUAGGGCAUUCUAUCGACUACUCUUACAUAGAUGCUUUCAACUCCAAAGUUAACAAUAGUAAAUGGAGUGAAUUGUCGAAGCAAAAAUAUCAUGAUACACGAGAGUGUAUUGCGCAGCAGUACAGCAAUUAUUCUAGUAAAGUAACUGGAAAAAAAGUAAAUGGCGGGUACUUUCUUAUGGAAAACGUUGCUGACAAUAUUGGUGUCCAAGUUGCUUAUUUGGCCUAUCAAGACUGGCUCAAAACACAUGGACCUCAAGCAACUUUCUCUAGCUUGCCGUACAACUCAAAUCAAUUGUUUUGGUUAUCAUUCGCAAAUCAAUGGUGCUCGCCGAAAUCGUUAUUGCAAAACUGGGAUCCAACCGAUAUUCAUCCUUCGUAUGAUCAUCGUGUUAUUACGCCGCUUUUUAACAGUCCAGAAUUUUCAAAAGAUUUCAAUUGUCCCUUGGGAUCCAACAUGAAUCCAAUAAAAAAAUGUAUUGUGUUUUGAUUGAAAUUAUUAACGACUUUUCUACACUCGUCCUGGAAAUUCUUAACUUUCCGGACUACAUUACUAGAUACUAAUUUCACUGUAAUUUUUUACCAGCUUUCAUUCAAAACCUUUAAUUAAAAAAAUA